CGCGCCCUCCUUCGGCUAAGCGAAGAGAAGUCAUGGCUACGUACGGAGAUGAGUCCCUUGACAGCUACCUGUACUCCUCGUAUAACCCUUACUCCUACAGAUGCCCCAAGCCCAAGGCGUGGAGGCAGAAGAGCUAUCAGACCGCGUACAGCGACGGUGAGAGCUACUUGGACAGCUACCACCGCGCGCAGCUCAAGUCCAUCCUGUCUCAGAUCAACCCCAACCUGACACCCCGCCUGAGGAAGGCCAACACCCGGGACGUCGCUGUCCAGGUGAACCCGAAGGCGGACGCCUCGGUCCAGUGCUCGCUUGGGCCGCGCACGCUGAUUCAGGCGCGGAGGAGCGACGGGCUGCGCAUGCGCAGGACUGACGGGCCGCCACCUGGCAGUCCUAAAAGCAGCAGUGGUGGCGCAGGUGGGGUUCGAUUCCCGCGCACUCAGGCAGUGUACUCCCCCAUCGCCAGCAGGGGGCUGGCAGCCUUCCUCCAGGAGGACGAAGACCAGGAGAAGGAGCGUGGGAGGACCGGAGAGGAGGAGAAAGAUAAGGAUGAGGAGGAGGAGGAGGUUGGAGAGAGCAAAGAAAGUAAAAGUGGCAAACAAGCCGAAGACGAGCUUAGUCCCGAGAAAAGCGUGGAAGGAAGUGAGCAGACUGGAGUUGUGGAUGGAAAAAGUAAGCGUGAGACUCCAAGUGGACAGGAGGAGCCCAAGGCCAAAAGUAGAGUGAGGUUUCAGUUUCUAGAACAGAAGUACGGCUACUACCACUGCAAAGACUGCAACCUGCGCUGGGAGAGUGCUUACGUUUGGUGUGUUCAGGGCACAAAUAAGGUUUACUUCAAGCAAUUUUGCAGAACAUGUCAGAAGUCGUUCAACCCGUACCGUGUAGAGGACAUAACCUGCCAGAGCUGCAAGAAGGCACGCUGCACUUGUCCAGGAACAGCACGCCACGUUGACCCUAAACGACCUCACCGACAGGACCUGUGUGGCCGAUGCAAAGGCAAGCGGCUCUCCUGUGACAGCACUUUCAGUUUCAAGUACAUUAUAUAACCCCCCUCAAUUUUGGAGAUUCCUGUACUGCUGUUUUGCCCCACUGCUUGGGAGAGGAUCCAUGUAGCCAUCUACUGCCAGUCUGUUUAGGCUGGUCUAGGGUAGAAAAGCCUAGGAUGAGUACCUGAGCUCUGGGUUCUGUUCAUGUUGCUCAGUAGUGUUUUGCAGGAACCAUUUAGGAAAAGUUCAAUAAAAUGGCAAUUACAGCAAA